UUCAAACUAUCAUCAAAUGCACAAAAUUCAAACUGCACACUUGAUGGCGAACCGUAAGAGAAACAGGCCGGAUGACUGGGAAGAUUUGGAGCCAUCUCCAGUUAUUCAUAUACGAGAGUUGCCAGAACAUACUCUCGAGCUAGAUUUAAUCAGGGUUUUCGAACAGUUUGGUUCUAUUAGAGAUAUUGCUAUGAUUCCACAUAAAGGUCAAGCACUCAUUGAAUUUGAUGACAUAAAUUCUGCUGAAAGAGCUGUUGCAAGAUGUUCAGAUAAUGCUGUUAUGUUUGCUAAUCACCGAUUAAAAGUUAACUAUAGCACAUCUAAACGAGUGAUUCACAGACCGCUGGAUAAUAAUAACCAACAUCCCGACAUGCCUCCAGAAAGCCGUGUACUAAUGUUAACAGUUUACAAUGCCCAGUAUCCUAUCACGGUGGAUGUUAUUAAUCAAAUUACAGCCAAACAUGGACGCGUUUUACGUAUUGUCAUACUCCGUAAAACCCGCAUACAGGCUAUGGUAGAAUUUAAAAGUACAGACGAAGCCCGGACCGCUAAACGGCAUCUGAAUGGAGCCGAUAUAUACUCUGGCUGUUGUACAUUAAAAGUUGAGUUUGCUCGACCUACACGGUUGACUGUCACUCGCAAUGAUCAAGACUCAUGGGAUUUUGAAAAUCCAUUAUUAAUGUCCACCUCACUUAACGAAGCUGAUGGGCGUGGAGAUAUCUCUCUAUUGGGACGAUUCGAAAGGUCACGUGCCCGACACGAAAGCUCGAGAUCUGUUAAUGGUGGCAGCUUCGGGUAUCAUGAUGGCUUCAUAAAGCAGAAUGCUGUUGGGCUUGGUGUUCCACCUGCGUCGUUCUUGGACCAAUUGGCUCUAAAUUACCAUGUAUCAAGACGUGGUCUCGACGGGUUGAAUGGUCAACAUUAUGCGAGGGCUGCGACUCCUGUUAUUAUGGUGUACAACAUGGAUAUGGAUCAUAUGAACUGUGAUCGCUUGUUCAACCUUCUUUGUCUCUAUGGAAAUGUUGUUCGUAUUAAGUUUUUGAGGACUAAGGAAGGAUCAGCUAUGGCGCAGAUGGGCGAUAACGCUAGUGUAGAUCGUGUCAUUACUAACCUAUCCGAAGUCCCAUUGAUGGGCAAUGCACUGUCGAUUCGUCCAAGUAAACAGCAACUUAUCCUCGAUGUACCAAAACCUUUUGAAUUACCAGAUGGUACCCCAUCUUUCAAAGACUAUUCAGGGUGUCGCGAAAAUAGAUACAUAAAUCCAGACAAAGCGAGUAAAAAUAGGAUCUAUCCUCCAUCACAUACUCUUCAUUACUGGAAUUGUCCUCCAAACUAUACCCCAGAGGAACUGCGCAAACUGGUUGUUGAAUGUGGUGCUUCACCACCUCG